CGGGAAUGCGAUUUGGAACAUUGAUUGCUUGACACACUCCUCCCAAGCUCACGGGGUAGGUAUCAUGGACUGAGAUGGGAUUGCUGCCGACAUGACAGGCGUCAACUGCUGUCGCAAUAUCGUUCUGUGGUGCAUCGUGAUGUAUGCCUCGAUGGGGUAUAUUGUAUACUUGGGGCGAUGUAACGGUAGCCAUGAGCCAACAUAUAGACGUGAUGGGGAUCGCAUAAACGCUGCCUUCGUAUUCACGUCACAUACCUACUCUACGACGGCUACUACUUACAAUCAUGUAAUAUACAUACAUGUACGUACACUUACAUACGCACCAACGUAUGAUACUGAGGGGAUCAGCAGAACCGGGGGGAGGAGGGAUAUCUCCGAUCUAGACACCAGUGGCUCGAUUGUCGCCUACCCAUGGAAGAGAGGCUACAAGGAUGGACAACCUGUUUGUCUGAACGAGAAACAGGCGGGUCGACAUUGCAGAUUCUAGGUUAGUGUACUAACUGUGCCUCUGAUAAACAAGACACACCCGUAAGUGUUGAUGGGCAACCACCAUCGAUCGGCGAAGGUAUCACAGCUAGAGUAUGUCUAGGUAUCCAGCUAUCGUAUAUGCCCUGCUG